GUAUUGAUACAAGAAUGAGGUUUUCUGUGGAACCAUCAGGUGGGGACAGUGCCUUCGAGCAGUGGAAGGAUGCCAUGAAAGCUGUUGCUAGGUUACCACUAGGGAUCCCUGCAGAAUUCAGGAAAAAGGUAUGGUUGGGUUUAGCAGAGCAACAUAUAAAGGACAUGAAGAUUGACUGGGAUAAGACAGUGAGGUUUGCUUUCAAUGAGAGAAGUAACCCAGAUGACAACAAACUUGGUCUACAAAUUGUCAAGGAUCUACAUAGAACAGGCUGUAGUGGUUUUAGUGGAGAAGAGAACGAGGAGGAGAGGGCGUUACUUAAGAGGAUAUUGUUGGCGUAUGCCAGGUGGAACAAGGUGGUCGGUUAUUGUCAGGGCUUUAACAUGAUAGCUGCUCUACUUCUAGAGGUCAUGGAUAGAAAGGAAUCAGAUGCUCUUAAGGUGAUGAUAUAUUUAAUAGACCAUGUGCUUCCACAAGGUUACUUUGCCAACAAUUUACGAGCAUUGUCUGUUGACAUGGCAGUGUUUCGAGACUUGUUGAAGAUAUUUCCAAAGUUGUCUCGACACCUCGACUACCUACAGCAUGCUCAAGAUCAGACCUCAGGAGGAUGUUAUGAGCCACCAUUAACUAAUGUGUUCACUAUGCAAUGGUUCCUCACAUUGUUCGCAACCUGCUUGCCAAAAUCUACAGUUUUACGGGUCUGGGACUCGAUCCUCCUUGAUGGCUCAGAGAUUUUACUGAGGACAGCUCUAGUCAUCUGGGGAAAACUUUCUAGUCGUAUCCUCACCGUGUCGACUGCUGACGAGUUCUACACGCUGAUGGGAGACAUCACCCAGGAGAUGUUAGAAGGAAAUAUUCUCGAUGCAGAUUCUAUGAUCAAGAGUAUCUAUUGUAUUGCCCCGUUCCCACUACCGCAGUUGACAGAAUUACGUGAAAAAUAUACAUACAAUAUACGACCUUUCACACCUGCCUCAAAGAAGGCUUCAUGGCCCGAGGGAACUGUGUUGCCUAGCGAUGAGGACGACCUUGAAGAUGAAGAUUUAGAGAAUAUCACAUGUUUUACAGGAUUUAUACCAACUAACGUUUCAUCUAGUGUCAAACACGCUAAAGGUAAAUAUUAUUAUUUGACUAUUACAGCUGCAACAGCCAGACAACAGGCCAUGAAAUCAAAGCCAAUGGUACCAAAGAUAGAAACACCUACAGCAAUGAAUCAUCUAUUCCUUAACAAACAAAACAUCAAGGGACGUAACCGGUUUAUAGCCGAGGGACCAAGGAUAGCAAAUAUGUACCCUGUGUUCGAACCUCAGGCAUUGAAUAAAUUGGCCAAGAAGAGUAAAAAUAAAGAUGGACAGUUGAUGAAUGAAAGACCAAAGUGGAAUCCAAAAGCUAAAGCAGAUAAAACUAUUGAACAAAAAGCUUCAAAGAGCCAUAGUCAGUCACAGGUGGUAAAAGAAACACCAGAAAACCUAAACAACUCUAAUUCUGUAGAUGGUACUGGAGAUAUGCUUAAAGCUGUGGUUAACAAUAUGUCUAAAUGUGAUGAAAUAAAUGGUGCUGAAUGUUCUGGUGAUGGAAGAGAAGAGAAAAAUUCUGGCAGAUGUGUUCAAAAAGUUCUUCAACACAACGAUUCUGGGCUUGGAUAUUCAGUGAGCUCACCAUUGUUUUCAGGUUCUUCUUCAGAAAGUUCACCACAACAUUCAAACUCUUCUGAUACUAAAACAAAGUCUAAUUUAGGUGUUGAAGUUUCAUCAGGUUUGGUAAAAAAGGGUAAAACCAUUGAAGUAGAUAGUUCUGACAUUGUAGAUUCCAGUCUGUCAGACAAUUAUGAUAAUCAUAUUAGUGAUUUGACUAAUCUGGUUAAGGAAAUAUGUGAUGCUCAAUUAAAUGAUUGGCCUAGCAAAGAACAGGACUUGGAUGGUGUGUUAAAGGGUAAAGUGAAAGAACACAUAGGGGAAAAGGAUAUUGAUGAAUGUGAAAGUGGAAUAAGUGUUGCCUCUCUUGAAAGUAAGGAUGAUAGCAAAUGUGAUAAAAGUAGUGCAGACAUUGCUGAAAGGGUAAAUUUUAAUAGUAACAAACAGGAAGUAUCAACUGUUGAAGGGUUUGGUGAUAGUGAACACAAUAAAGCAUUGGAAAGUGUAGAAAGAGGUAACACUGGUGCUAGUGGAGAUAAUAGAAACAUUGGAGAGGACUAUGCAGAUGUCAGUGUUGAAAAGGGUAGUGCUGAUGUAAAUAUACAUCAUGAAACAGACAUAGUUGUAAAUUCUAAAGAAGAUGUAAAGUCAUAUGACAGUGAUUGCAUGAGAGAGCAAGAUGAUGAACAUUCUUUGACUCAAACUGGAAUUAAAAGUGAGAAAGAAUUAGGCAAUGAAGGGCCAGAUCUGACUCUUGGUAUAUCAACUAAAUCUUCACAAAUAUGCACUGGGGAUGUUAAUUCUCCACAUAGAACUGCUGGUAAAUCAGACAGUUGUACUUCUACAGCUUCGUCUCAUUCAGUUGAUGAUACUGAAACAUUUCCUGAAGUGUUCAGUCCAAGCACCUCAUCUGGUCAGGCCUCCUUCCAACAGUAUUAUAUUAACAAGAGAAAUUUGAGCUCAGAAUCAGUCAAAGGGAUAGACUCUCAAGUGAAGAAAACACAAAUGCCUAAGAAAGUAUUUAAUCCAUUUCCAGUCAAACAUAUGAAUCAAAAUCGAGCAAGAACUGGUAUUAAACUUGGACUUUACACGCCAUCAACUCUUCAAGAAUAUGAGAGAAAUCUGAAGGGGCAGCCAUUGUGGGGAAAGUAAUGAUGUAAAGUUGUAAGACUGUGUUAAAGAACAAAGUGUUUUGGAAUGAUUUGAAUACAUAAAGUAUUAAUGUGAAGAACUUCAGGAUGAUGUGAAUUGAUUGUUAUGUAAACUGCUUGCCAGCCAAAAGUAGAAUAUAGAAUCAGGAAAAGCUCAUAAAAAGUGGUAACAGUUAACUAUAUUUUCACUAUUCUAUGUAAGUUGAUAUACAAGAACUUUUUUUUUAUUGUUCGAGUAUGAAACAUCUUGAAACCAUAGUGUACAAAGCCCAAUGUUUAUAUGCAUGUGAAAAUUACUUACUGGUUAAUAUAGUUAACGUUGUUUGGGUAGGGAAUGGGAUAACGACAGGUUUUGGUGUUUUUGGUUUAUUAACUCAAAGUAAUUUAGAAAUAUUUUGCCAUAUUCAAGAAUCUCAUGAUGAUUGUUUACAGUAAAUUGUUGCAUUUAUGUUAUAUAGGUUAUUUAUAUUUACUUUCUUUUGUUUUUCCCCAAAAUUAUUCAUGUAAAUAUCUUAUAAAGGAAACAUUGAUUUAGAACAAUAUCUGCUCAUAUCAAUUUGUUCUUCUGGUAUGCUGUCUCCAUGCUUUUACAAUAAUAAGCAAAUGUCUGCCAUAAUCAACACAAAAAGUCACUGUACCAAUAAUUGAAGUUCGAAACAUUCUAGACAUCUGAAAUUUUUACAUAUGCCAUUUUGCUUCAUAGACCAAUUAUAGAUUUGUUUACAGUUUAUUUUAAGACAUCUUGUCUUUGACAGUAAUUUUUACAACAGUAUGGUCUAGGAUAAAUUUGUUUUAAGAUAGUACAGCUGGCAGUAUUGUCAUGGCAACCAACAGCUCAUUGGUACAUUAACUUAUACAUUAACUGUAACAAUGUUUCACUGAACUUACAAUUACUCAUAUGUACUUUCUACAUAUAAAUUAGUUAUUUAAUUUUCCAUAUAUAAAGAUUUAGGUUGAAGGUUUAGUUGUUUUUCUUUGCUCUGAGUUUUUUUCUUUAUUUAUUUCUUUGUUAUUUUUUAUUAUUUUGUUUAAUUUUUAGUGCAAUAGCCAUUCUGCUCAUUAAAUUUGCUGAAAUCCAUUAUUUUUGGUUGUUAUCUCAAUAUUUACAAUUCUAUAUAUAUCAGUUUCUUUCUUUGUUUCUAGAUUUUGAUUUUGUUAUAUGUAAUACAUUUGUAUUACUGUUAAAGAACUUUGUUGAUUUUUUGUUGUUUUUGCUAAAAAAAUUUAAAGGCAUUGAUUGAUUAUGGAUUAUAUAAUGUUGUUAUUGAAUUAUUCUGUAUGUGAACAAUAUGUUUUAUCUCAUGAGAAACUGAAUUUUUUUUGUGAUUUAGGACAUAGCCCAAUUGUGCUAGUGUAAUAUUACACUUUUCUAGCCUUAUACGAUUUGUAAUGCUGAAUCUUUGAAAAAAGAAAAGGAACAACAGGGUUGCAGUUGACUUUUGCAUAAAUUGCACUGAUUUUCAUUUUAUAGUGUUGCAUUAUCUCAAGAUUAAACUUGACAUCUGGUAUAUAAAUUGUCAUAUUAAACACACGUUUUUUUUCUCAUGACAAAAGUUUGGAUACUUGGAAAUUUAAAUGUCUGUCUUGUUUUAAUGUACAUUGUAUUUAUCCAUGAUGCUAUUUAUGAUAAUGUCCCAAUAUUUUUAGUUUGUCAACUGUUCAGUUAUGAUUUUAUUUCAUCUUCAAUAAUUAUUUGUAUGAUAUCAAAACAAUUAAAAUUUAAUAUAAUUGUGUAUUUAUAGGUCACAUAGCAUGAAAAAUGAACUUAUUCUGCAUGAAUAAUGAUCUUUUCUUUGUACAUAAAGAAAAUUUUUCAAUCUGAUACGAGCAGUCAAACUAGACUUUACAAUGUUAUCUGUUUAGUGGUGUAUGUUAAAUUGUACAAAAACUGAAACCAGGCUAAGUAUAAAAGUUAUGUGAUGGUGAACUACAUGUAGCAUAUACAG